UCUGAAAAACACUUCCAAAUUGUCAAGCAACAGCGAAUCACAUCAGUUGGCCUUAAGCACAUCAAUGGACGUGUUGGACGAGAUUAAAAGCAAUUGAUAAGACAAAAGUUAAAUUCUAACAAAGUUCCUAUCUAGAGAAAAAUUCCUUUUUUUAUUGUUUUUGUGCCAAAAGGAUUGGUGGUUUGUGUAACAGUGUAAAAUGCCGGGAGUUGUGUUCAUUGUGUGCAUUCCAACGGCUAAUUACGAAAGAGAUAUAUUAAAUGGUGGAAAUUAUGGCAAUAAUGAAAUAUUGCCACCUCCAAGCAAUAACUUCAACAUUAGUCCCACCAAGCAAAACACCUCAAGCACCGUCAACACAAAUUCACCUGGUUUCUUGAGACUUGAACUGGAGCUACGUGACAAGAAUGCUGCGACACCCAGAUUCCGUGCCAAGGCUCGAAGUCCCCCUAUUCCUGAAAAUGUUAAAGUUCCAAUGGAGAAGGUUCUCGAGGAGCUGCUGAAAAAACUUGAGAUUGAGCAUGUUGUGUGGAACGUUGAUAAGAAAGGCCACUUUCACCAAGUCAUCUUCCCACUCCAAUCUGGUGAUCCAUGUGAAACAACACUGCAUUGUCUCACGGAGCUGGGAAUUGGAAUUAGACUGGAGUCCAAUGUCAGUGUUGUCCCGUGUUCUGUAACUUUUGACUCCACUAAGGACAUCUUCACAGAGGAAGAACUGAGUGAAGAGGAACAGUCGAAAUGGAAUACCUUUGUUGAUUCUAUAAGAUCCAAAUUAACCGUGAAGCAAGUUGUCGAUGGUGUCAGAGCUGGGGGAUCAUUAUCAUUUGAUUACCUCCUGCUAAUUGUAACAGCUGAUUCCUUGGCAGCCCUGGGACUUGUGGAAAAUAAUGCACCCAACAUUACAGCGGCUAUGUUGGUUUCCCCACUCAUGGGACCUGUUAUGUCAAUCACGUUUGGCACAAUUAUUGCCGAUUAUGAGCUCAUGAAAGUUGGUUUCAUAACUCUGGCUGUCGGUAUGUUCAUAUCGCUAUUAUUUGGAUUCAUAUUUGGCCUAAUACUGGGUACAACGGAAAUGCCGUGGGGUUUUGGUGAUUGGCCGACAGAGGAGAUGAAAGGCCGAGGAAAUGCGCGUUCGCUUUGGAUGGGUAUUUUAUGGGCUUUGACAUCCGGUACUGGCGUUGCUGUGGCACUUCUGCAGGGCGCAGUUGGUCCUUUAAUUGGUGUCGCUAUUUCGGCAUCUCUGCUUCCGCCAGUGGUCAAUGGCGGUCUCUUCUGGGCAUUGGCGUGUAUCUGGCUGAUUUACGACGAUGUCAAAAUGCCACACUUGAAGGGUGAACCCUAUACCGGAAACUCCAGCUACGUGCCCAUUUAUACGGACUAUAUACCAACUGAAUUCUUUGUAAAUGGGAUAGUUUCGGUUCUGCUAACCGUCAUAAACGUGAUAUGCAUCUUUAUCACAGCCAUCAUCGUGCUCAAAAUCAAAGAAGUCGCUUCGCCAUAUACCUCCAGUCCUGAUUUGAGACGAUUCUGGGAAACUGAUAUACGUACAGUGAGAAAAACAAAUCGCUCAACAAUUCGGCGUAAAAAUGCCGCUGAAAGAAACCCAACAUACCAGGAGAUGGCAGAGCCAACAAAUAAGAAACUUGGAACUGUUCUGGAACGAGCGCUUAAGGAAGCCGUUGACGAUGACACAUUUAGGAAAGUCAAGAGGAUGAGCUACUCCAGUAAUGCAGCAGACGAGCUUCCGCACAGUCUGGCACUCCCUCCAGGAUCCAGCGCGAGUCCCACUGCGAACAGCGGCAGCAGCAGUAGCGGAAGUGUCGCGGCCAAUGCGAGUGCCUCCAAGACAAUUGCUCAGACAGACCUUGUAGCCCUGGACAAAUUAGUCACGUCACUGCUGGAACGCAGCAGUAGUCCACAGCCUCGAGGAUCCUUCAGGCUCAAUCGCCUUCGUUCCCUUUCGCGCUCCUCGCGCUCUGACUCUGUGAGACGCGCAGGGAAUACAGCAGCGUCAGCUAAUAUCACAAACAUAAACGCGGAUUCACCCUCUGGCUCCAUGCCCACCAUUCCAGAAGGUGGUAAUCGUACUGCCUCGUGGACAGAGAGGAACAUUCCAGGAGUACGGCAUGUUCUCAACACCAUUACCAAUGCUCCGCAUAGAUUUAGUCACGCUUCGAGCGACAGGAAUGAGGAAAACACCAGGCUUACACAGAAUAUCGACUGAUAGGCCCAAGGUUGUGGAAGUUGACUAGAAGUAUGUACACCACAAUACUUCAAAACAAUAACUAGCCUUACCACAAUUUUCAAAAGCAUAGAAAUUUCUAGUACUUUUGAUAAAUAAAAUAACCUAAAUUCCUGAAAUCCAUUAGAUUUCAUACAAAAAAUUAAAUUUUUAGAAGAAUAGAAGCAUAAACGAAAAUACAUCGCAUUUAUGAACAACACCAACGCCACAUAGGGCAAGGCUUUCAAGCUUCGUAACACACUCUGACUUCGAACACUUCAUAUUUUUUCCCCUUAUUAAUGUGUGACUUAACUCUAGCUAAGGACCCAAAUAGAUUCAGGCUGAUCCUCGAGAAUAUUUAGCCCGUAAAAUAUGGCAGUAAAGAUUUAUUUUAAACUGUCGUACACUGAGGAGUUUAAGAUCAUCGACUAGAUGUCCUUUGCAUAAAUUUUCAUCACCUAAUCUUUUAUUGCCGAAUUUUACAGGCUAAAUAUUCUCAAGGUUCAGCCUAAAGCUCGCUUGGUCCCCGUGAUCACAUUACUCCUCAUAGGGACGUGUUUGUUGGUUGCGAUUUACCGUCCUUCGGCUAGGGUUCAGGGAUAUUUGGUGCCUAGGGCGAAGCAAGAUCUUUUUUACCGCACUCUUUUUGUAAAAGGAGAUAUAAUUCCCUUCCCCGUGAGGCACGUAGCUCUCAACGGGCGAUUCAGAAACAUUUCCAAACUGGGCCUAACUGAUUAGUUUAUAUAUUAGGUGAGAUUCUUAACAAUCUCACCUACUAUAAUCCUAACAAAAUUUCAUGUCGUCCGAUCGACCUCAAAUUUGGCCAAAAUGUGUUUCAGCACUUCCUGAUCACGAAUAUAUAUGUGGCUAAUUUACGUUCCCGGCCGGCCGGCCGGCCGGCCGGCCGCUCUUUGGAGCUUAAUAGCUCCUAAACUAAAAAAGAUAUCGACUUGCGGUUUUCGGCAAAGGUUAUAUAUCGGGUGAAAAUUGCAACUUGGUGCAUAGACCCCCCACCCCCCACCCCUCCUUCUGCCAUUUUGAAGACCCCCCUUUUUUUGUUUUCUCAAUAGCUCCGCCCCUAUGGCAUCGAGCGGGCUCAAAUUUUAGUAUGUUAUAGCUGAGCCUUAGAGCUUUCCAUCAAUACCAAACUUAAGGUCCCCCGACCCCCCUGACCCGAGCUAUAAGGGUCCAAAAAAAAUUUCUUAAAAUGGCCAUAACUCCGGUUCUAAUUGUCAGAAUUUAAAAAGUGAGGGCUUUUUGGAAAGCUCUCGUGAAAUGCCACUUCCCCUUCUAACAUCGCAAGUUCAUAAAACCACCGCUAGGGGCGCUUUUUUUAAAAAGAAAAUUUUUAAAUCUUAAAAGUUAAAUAACUCAAAAAUUCCAUUGUGCAUCGGGCUGAAAAUUUAGUAUGUUGUAGCCGUUGAUUAUACCUAUCAAACAAAAAAAACCUUAAGUCGAUCCAUAACCCCUGACCCGAGCUAUAAGGGGUCAAAGUUCGAACAUUGACCGGCCUCUAUCUCCGGUUCUAAUUAACAUAGCGACCUAAAUUUUACCUUUUUGGUUUCGUCUCGAUGAGCACUUUCAGAUGGAAGUUCAAAAAGUCACCACAGGUGGCGCUGUGAUAGCGUCAAAAUUCAUCGAAAUUCAAAGUCACUUUUCUCAAAAACGGCAUUGUGCAAGUUAAUGAAAUUUUAGUAUGUUGUAGUCCAGUCUACAACUUUCUAGAAUGUUUGAACUUCGUGGAACCAACACCAGGGGCGCCACAGUCGAAAAACCAAUUUCAAUAUCACAUAACCUCAAUUAUCUCGACUGUCGCUGAACCGAUUUUGAUGAUUACUUCGACAUAAUUGUAGAGCACAUUUGUCUCUACAUUUCGUCCAUACAUCAUUUUCCGCUCAGACUACGCUAUCACUCCGAUUUUGCCGUUUAAGUGUGAAAAAAUUGAUUUUUCCCAUAAUAACGCUUUGAAAUCACUCAGAUGCCAAUUUGACUGCCUCUACUCCACCAAGACACUUAAAAUAGGGGUUUAAAUGGAAAGUCCCGCAAAAUACAACAAUUCUUUGAUUUAGUUGAAGUUCAACAAAUGAACACUUGGGGCACUCUGGAUGAAAAAACGAGUUAAGAAACAAAAAACCUCGCUUAUCUUGGCUUCUGAGUAAUCGAUGAGUUCAAGUUCUACGGCAAAAUUAUAGAGAACAUUCUGGUCUACAUUUCACCCAUAUAACACUUUUCUGUCAGUUCAUCCAAAUCCUUGACAUUUUGGUUCAAAUACAAAACUUGUAUAAUUUCACGAAUUUGGUUCAAGAUAACUGAAUGGCGUCUCCCUACUUCAGCAUCAAAUCGAAUUUGCAUGCACUCCGAGUUAGCUCACGUUAAGAAUCUCACCUACAUAAGCCGGUUAGGAUUAUCUGUCCCUUUUUUUCUUUUGCUUUCUUUUCUCUCUUUUUCAUAUUAUUUAUUAUUUUCUUUCCUUUUUUCCUUUUUUCUGUGUUUUUUCCUUUUUCUUUUUAAAUUCUUUUUUCUUGCCACACGAUUAUAAGAGGGUUGUACCCUAUUUGUUGUGGAUUUUUGAAAAAAAAUUAAACUUAAAAUUAAAUCUAUUUGGGCCCUAAGGAAAAAAGAUCAAGUGUUCGAAGCCAAAAUGUGUGCGAAGCUUGAAAGCCUUCCCCUAAUAAGAGCAAUACAGUUAAUUUAUUAAGGAUUAAUUAUAAUAUUGUAAGUCAAUAAAUGAUUUUCAAAAGAUA